CCUUUGUUAUGGUCACACUAGGAGCUUCGCCUGAUGUAUGGUACAGGCUCAGUAAAUAAGGAUAUAUUGUCGCUCAUCAGGAAGAGGUCAGUACACCGGCCUUAUUUUAGGAUCUGUCAAUCAUGAUAAGAAAUCGACAAUUCUGUGGCUCUCCAGAAGUUCCCCAACUACAAUUCCCCUCAUGACAGACACGGCCGAUGCUGGGAGUAGUUUUCCCGCAGGUGGGUUGAUAGAUGAACAUAGCAGCCCCGCCGGUGGAUGCCAUAUAUGUAACGUUCGUAGUGUUGCACAUGGCAGCCGCCUCCCGCGAUGAAUCACGGGUAAUAAUAGAGUCCGCUGUACCGGAAAUGACGUAUCUGCUGCGUCAUCAGAAGCCAAUCACAGUGGAACUUCCUGGCGGUAGUGCUUCCUGGGUCAGGGCUGGUAAGAUGGCGGCGGACACGCAGGCACAGGAUACUCUGAAGAAAUUUGCAGCUAAAGUAACAACAUCUAGUGUAAAGGAACGGAAAGAGAUUUUGAAUGAGUUGAAAUUAUGUAUUUCUUCUAAAGAUCUACCAGAGCCUGCUGUUAAAGGUCUCUCGAAAUUAUUCUGUCUAACAUUGCAUCGAUACAGAGAUGCAGGGUCCCGUCGAGCUCUUCAAUCUGUUAUCCAACAACUGGUGGAAACCCAGCCAGAUGCUGCUGCUAAGAACAUUCUGCAGUCUCUUCAGACAUCUGGCAUAGGAAACAAGAAUGCAGAACCUAGCAAAAGUAGUGGCUCAGCAGCAGCCCUGGCCUUGUCAUGGACCUGUGUCAUUGCCAGGGUCGUGUUUUCUAUCCCUGACAAGCAGGAAGGAGAAACAUGGAAAAAAUUGGUUGAGUGCCAGUCAUUUCUGUUGAUGGACAUACUGGGAGGCUCGCACAGACAUGCAGUGCAAGGUUCUUCAAAGAAGCUUAACACUUUAUGGAAGGAGAAUCCUGGCCUUGUAUCUAAAUAUCUGGAUGCACUUUUCAGUCUUGAACCCAACCAAAAAUACGCUGGUAUGCUUGGCCUUGCUGUACAGUUCAGUGGGAAGCAAAAUGAAGUGGAUAUUCUGAACAAGUACAGGAGUAAUCUUCUUGAUUUCUACGUCAAAAUGGUUCUUAUGAGUAAAGUGAAACCUCAGAAAUAUAUACUGGAGAGUUGCACCCCACUACUGCAGCGUCUGUCACAUGAAGAAUUUAAAGAACAAAUCUUACCUAUGCUGCAGAAGUCUCUCCUACGUAGUCCUGAAAAUGUCAUUGAUACUGUUUGCUCCCUUUGUGCUUCUGUGACUCUGGAUCUGAGUCAGUAUGCUCUUGACAUUGGAAAAGGCCUGGCUGGGCAGUUGAAGUCUAACAACCCACAACUGAUGGAUGGUGCAGUGGUGGCUUUGCAGAACCUGGCGCAUCAGUGCAGUGACCCAGCUGCUGUUGAGGCAUUGGGAAGGCAUUUAUUUGCGAUUCUAGGAGGUUCAGAAGGAAAGCUUUCAGCUGUGGCUCAGAAGAUGAGUGUUCUUUCAGGGAUUGGUGCACUAAGUCACCAUGUUGUUUCUGGCACCUCAAGUCAGGAGCUGAACGGAACCAUUUCAGAAUUGUUUAUUCCUUUUCUUCAACAGGAAGUUCAUGAAGGAACUCUUAUUCAUGCUGUUUCGGUGCUUACUCAGUGGUGCCAGAAGUUCACAACUGAGGUUCCUAAGAAGCUGAUAGAAUGGUUUCAGAAAGCGGCUUCUCUUAAAACCAGCACUUCUGGAGUAAGGCAUUCAUAUUGCCAGUGCAUGCUGGUAUCAUUCAAGGGCGAUACACUGGGGCAAGCGCUAGAACUUUUACCCCUUUUGGUUCAAACUGUGGAGAAGGCCGCAGCACAGAGUGCACAGAUAUCAUCGUUGGCGGAAGCUGUAGCUGCUUCUGUGCUUGUAUGUAGGAUUUCCCACACUGAAAUUCAAGUUGAGAACAAACUGAACAGCUUUUGGCAGUUAUUGUCUGAUGAUAAGAGACAGAUUUUCACUUCUGAAAAGUUUCUUUCUUCAGCAACUGAAGAGUGCCUUUGCACACUUCUGCAGUUAUGCGAGAGGCUUUUACUAGACCACAUCCACAGGUUCCCCGACAACCGCACUCAACCAUACUACCGUGCUAUAAUUACUAUCCUGCUGACUCGCUCAUGGAAAGUACGUAAGCAGUGUAAACAAACCAUUAAGAAGCUGUUGGCCUCUCUUGGAGGUAUCAGACUUUUGCGCGGCCUCUUGUCUGAGCUGAAGGUUGUUCUAAAUUCAAACAAGCUGGUACCAGUUGAUAAUUUAGUCACCGAUUCUGAAGAAGGACCAGAGCCUGGAAAGUAUCAAGUAUCUCCUAGGAUCCUUCAGGAAGCAAUUCAUGUUCUUACAUUUGUGCCAGGGUUGGAGUCUGCAGAAGCAGAAUAUUUGGCCCAGGAGCUUCUGGUUUUAGCAAACCACCCAUUAGUUGCCUCGUUGUACAGGGACCUGUGGGUAGACCUUAUGUACAAGCUGAAGAUUGACCCUGUUGAAUUCAUAAACGAGCAGUUUGAUGAUUUUCUACCUUUAAUCACUUCUAAUACUACCAGUGACCAGGCUAUACUCAAUGCAGCUGGAACACUGUCUCGUAUUUCUCCAAACAGAGUUCUUCCCAUGCUGAUAAGUGUUAUUACGGAAUCCCUGCAAAAUCCAGCCUUGUGUUUAGUUACCAAAGAAGAGUAUGCGAUCAUGCAGACACCUGACGGAGAGCUGUAUGACAAGUCGAUUUUACACAGUGCUCAACAGGAUAGUUUAAAAAAGGCAAAUAUGAAGAGGGAGAAUAAAGCUUACUCAUUCAAGGAGCAAAUCAUUGAGUUGGAGCUAAAAGAGGAGAUAAAAAAGAAGAAAGGCAUAAAGGAAGAGCUCCAGCUAACAAGUAAACAGAAGGAAAUGCUGCAGGCUCAGAUGGAAAAAGAGAACCAGAUCCGUAAGAGACUGAAGGCGUUGGACAUGGAGCUGGAAAACACUAUUAGACUUCUGGACAGUAUUAUGCAGCAGAGCUCCCCUGGUCUUUCUCAGCACAUUCCAGCACUUACCAGUAGCCUAUUGCCUUUACUCAAGUCUCCACUUGCUGCUUCUCGGAUCCACGUUCUUUUUGUGCAGUUAGCUGGCUGCAUAAUGCCAGCCCAUUUGAAAACUUUUGGAAAAUUGCUUGCCUACAUUACUUUACGCUUGUUGAAACCAGAAUGUAAUCUCGAUCCCGCCUGGUGCCAGGAAGAUUUGCCAGUAGCUGUGAAGAGAGCAGUAAACCUUCUGCACACUUAUACAGUCCCUAAGCGAAAGGAUGACCAAGGGGCAUCUCCUCUGUCUGCACCAGCAUUUGCCCUUGUUUUCCCCUUUCUGAAAAUGGUUCUAAUGGAGACAAGUAAUACUGGUGAAAAUAAUGAAGGACUACUAGUGGAAACAUUGCAAAUUAUCACUGUUCAUUGCCAGCUACGGUGUUCCCAUAGUCAGGCCAAAUGCAUCGAUGAGAAUGGACCAGAGUUGCUGCCUCGCACAGAUAUGUUACUGUUAUUAACUAGAGUGAUAGGAACUGCCACUCCAAGAUUACAAGUCCUGGCUUCUAAUGCCCUGACAUCGCUGUGCACUAGCAGUGGUGGUGGUGAAGGAUGCACGUAUGCAGAACAAGAGGAAAUUGAUGUUUUACUUGCAGCUUUACAGUCCUCCUGCUCAAAUGUGCGAGAUGCUGCUCUGCGGGGAUUAAUGGAACUUGAAAUGGUGUUACCAACACCAGACACAGAUGAAACAAAUGGACUAGCCUUGUUGCACAGGCUCUGGGUGAUGACGUUUGAUGUUGAAGCAGAAAUAAAAGCACAAGCUGAAAGAUUUUGGGAAGCGCUGGACUUGAAGUUAAGACCAGACUUGUGUUCCCUACUGAUUAAAGAUGUCAUUUAUCAUGAAGAAGCUGUAAGGCAUGCAGGAGCUGAGGCGCUUUCUCAUGCAGUAGCGGCUUAUCGUGGUCAGGCUUCUGAAGUCAUGCAGAAACUGAUUCAGCUGUAUCAUGAGAAGCUUUUUAGACCACCUCCUGUACUUGAUGCAUUGGGAAGAGUGAUUUCAGAUUCCCCUCCUGAUCAAUUUGAAGCAAGAUGUGGAGUAGCUCUGGCAUUGAACCAGCUGGCUCAGUAUCUAGACAGCUCCCAAGUUAAGCCGCUCUUCCAAUUCUUUGUUCCUGAUGCUCUUAAUGACCGUCACCCUGAUGUUAGAAAAUGCAUGCUGGAUGCUGCAUUGUCUGCCCUAAACACACAUGGAAAGGAUACUGUUGGCUCUUUAUUGCCAGUCUUUGAAGAUUUUUUGAAAGAUGCUCCAAAUGAUGCUACCUAUGAUGCUGUUAGACAAAGUGUUGUAAUUCUUAUGGGUUCACUGGCAAAGCACUUGGACAAAAGUGAUCCUAAAGUUAAGCCCAUUGUUGCCAAACUAAUAGCUGCACUUUCUACUCCUUCACAGCAGGUUCAAGAAUCUGUUGCCGGCUGUCUCCCACCUCUUGUGCCAGCUAUCAAGGAGGAUGCUGGUGGUAUGAUCCAGAAACUUAUGACCCUUCUUCUAGAGUCUGAUAAAUAUGCAGAACGUAAAGGUGCUGCAUAUGGACUUGCUGGACUAGUAAAGGGAUUAGGAAUUCUUUCCCUUAAGCAGCAGGAAAUGAUGACCACCCUAACAGAGGCUAUCCAAGAUAAAAAGAAUUUCCGGCGUCGGGAGGGGGCUUUGUUUGCCUUUGAGAUGCUCUGCAGUAUGCUUGGCAAGUUAUUCGAGCCAUAUGUGGUUCAUGUGUUACCUCAUCUCCUCCUGUGCUUUGGUGAUGGAAACCAGUAUGUGCGAGAGGCUGCAGAUGAAUGUGCUAAGGCAGUUAUGAGUAAUCUUAGUGCCCACGGUGUAAAGCUUGUAUUGCCGUCACUUCUGGUGGCUCUUGAAGAGGAGUCCUGGAGAACCAAAGCUGGAUCUGUGGAGUUAUUAGGAGCGAUGGCAUACUGUGCCCCAAAGCAGCUUUCAUCCUGUCUGCCAAAUAUUGUGCCCAAACUCACAGAAGUGCUUACAGAUUCGCAUGUAAAGGUGCAGAAAGCUGGUCAACAAGCCUUGCGCCAGAUUGGCUCAGUAAUUCGUAACCCUGAAAUUCUCGCAAUUUCUCCAAUAUUGCUGGAUGCACUUACUGAUCCCUCAAAAAUGACACAACAGUGCCUGCAAACCUUGCUGGAUACGAAAUUUGUACAUUUCAUCGAUGCUCCGUCUUUAGCCCUGAUUAUGCCCAUAGUACAGCGGGCAUUCCAAGAUCGCUCUACAGAUACUAGAAAAAUGGCAGCCCAGAUUAUUGGAAACAUGUACUCCCUUACUGAUCAGAAGGAUCUGGCUCCAUACCUCCCAAGUGUCAUACCUGGACUUAAGGCUUCUUUGAUAGACCCUGUUCCUGAAGUUCGCACUGUGACUGCCAAGGCAUUGGGUGCAAUGGUGAAGGGAACAGGGGAGUCCUGCUUCCAGGAUUUGUUACCUUGGCUGAUGGACACUUUAGCCUCGGACUACAGCUCAGUGGAUCGUUCUGGUGCUGCUCAAGGUCUUUCGGAAGUGAUGGCUGGCUUAGGUGUUGAAAAACUUGAAAAACUGAUGCCAGAAAUUGUAUCAACAGCCAGCAAAGUGGAUAUUGCUCCUAAUGUCAGAGAUGGUUAUAUUAUGAUGUUCAUUUAUCUACCAAUUACAUUUGGUGACAAAUUCACACCCUAUGUGGGACCCAUCGUACCCUGUAUUCUAAAGGCUCUAGCAGAUGAGAAUGAGUUUGUGCGUGACACAGCUCUGCGUGCAGGGCAAAGAAUAAUCACUAUGUAUGCAGAGACAGCUAUUGCUCUACUUCUGCCACAGUUGGAACAGGGCUUGUUUGACGACCUAUGGAGAAUCAGAUUUAGCUCUGUUCAGCUUCUUGGUGACCUCCUAUUUCAUAUAUCUGGAGUAACUGGAAAAAUGACCACAGAAACUGCUUCUGAAGAUGACAACUUUGGGACUGCGCAGUCCUCAAAGGCCAUUAUUUCAGCCCUUGGAGCUGAAAGGAGAAAUCGUGUUCUUGCUGGAUUGUACAUGGGACGCUCAGAUACACAGCUAGUUGUUCGCCAGGCUUCUCUUCACGUUUGGAAGAUUGUUGUAUCAAACACACCACGCACUCUUAGAGAAAUUCUGCCUACUCUCUUUACAUUACUGCUAGGAUUUUUAGCCAGUACUUGUGCAGAUAAGAGAACGAUUGCUGCCAGAACACUUGGAGACCUUGUCCGAAAACUUGGGGAGAAAAUACUUCCAGAGAUCAUUCCAAUUUUGGAAUCUGGCCUUAAAUCUGAUAAAAGUGACGAAAGGCAGGGUGUGUGUAUUGGUUUAAGUGAGAUUAUGAAGUCAACAAGCAGGGAUGCAGUGCUCUUUUUCUCUGAGUCCCUUGUUCCGACUGUAAGAAAAGCCUUGUGUGAUCCCCUUGAGGAAGUCAGAGAGGCUGCAGCCAAAACAUUUGAGCAGUUACAUUCUACCAUUGGUUACCAAGCCCUAGAGGACAUUCUGCCAUAUUUACUGGAGCAAUUGGAGAAUGAAGAAAUGUCAGAGUUCGCCUUGGAUGGGCUUAAGCAGGUCAUGGCAGUGAAGAGUCGAGUUGUACUUCCCUAUCUUGUUCCUAAGCUAACAAGCCCCCCCGUGAACACUCGUGUUUUGGCGUUCCUUUCAUCAGUGGCAGGUGAUGCCCUGACCAGACAUCUGAAUGUCAUCCUUCCUGCUGUCAUGUCAGCCCUGAAAGCUCAGCUGGGAACAGAGAAUGAGCAAGUGGAAUUGGCAAACUGUCAAGCCGUCAUCUUGUCUGUGGAAGAUGAUGUAGGUCAGAGGAUCGUAAUAGAAGAUCUCCUAGAAGCUACUCGCAGUUCUGAUGUGGGAAUGCGUAAAGCAGCUGUUAUUAUUCUGAAUAUCUACUGUGCUAAAACAAAAGCGGACUACUCUGCACAUCUCAGGAGUCUGAUUUCUGGACUUAUGCGGUUGUUUAAUGACACGAACAGUGUUGUUUUGAAUGAAAGCUGGGAUGCUCUAAAUGCCAUAACUAAAAAGUUGGAUGCUGCUAGCCAGUUGUCACUAAUCGAUGACCUUCAUAGAGAUAUUCGCAUGGUGGGAAAUGAUGCCAAAGGAGGGAAUGUGGCUGGAUUCUGUAUCCCGAAGAAGGGCGUAACAUCAAUUCUGCCAGUCCUGAGAGAAGGUGUUCUUACUGGGAACCCAGAACAGAAAGAAGAGGCCACCAAGGCAUUGGGCUUGGUCAUUAAACUGACCUCUGCACAAGCUUUACAGCCUUCUGUGAUUGGCAUUACUGGACCUUUGAUCCGUAUUCUGGGAGAUCGAUUCAGCUGGAGUGUAAAAGUAGCUCUUUUGGAAACCUUGAGUCUUCUUCUAGCUAAGGUUGGCAUUGCAUUAAAACCUUUCUUGCCACAACUGCAAACCACUUUUACUAAAGCUCUGCAAGACUCAAAUCGCGCUGUACGUCUCAAGGCAGCAGAUGCCCUGGGGAAGCUUAUUGUUAUCCAUACAAAGGUUGACCCUCUCUUUACAGAACUGUUGAAUAUCAUCCGCUUGUGUGAAGACUCUGGUGUAAGGGAGACCAUGCUUCAGGCUGUACGUUUUAUUAUCCAAGGAGGUGGAGGAAAGAUGGAUGCAGCAAUACGGAAAAACUAUGUGACCUUGUUGAUCGGGAUGUUGGGACAUGAUGAGGAUGCUACACGCAUGGCAUCUGCUGGCUGCCUUGGAGAGAUUUGUGCCCAUCUUCCAGAAGAAGAACUUUCUGUACUCAUGCAGCAGCACCUCCUGGCUGAUUUUACUGGAAUAGAUUGGAUGGUGAGGCAUGGGAGAAGCAUGGCUCUUUCUGUGGCCAUAAAUGUUGCAUCAAGCAAAUUGUGUACACCAAAAUUCUGCAGUAAUGUGGAGUCCAUGGUCUACAGCAAUGCAACAGCAGAUAGGAUUCCCAUUGCUGUUAGUGGAAUCAGAGGAAUUGGUUACCUUAUCAAAUAUAACAUUGAAUCUCAGAGUGGAAACAUUUCUCCUAAACUGGUAACCCUGUUAGUAAAGUGUCUCCAGAACCCAUCAAGUGAUAUCAAGCUGAUAGCAGAGAAGAUGAUCUGGUGGGCAAACAAAGACCACAUGCCCCCACUAGACACACAAACUAUUAAGCCAAUUCUCAAAGUGCUGCUAGACAAUACAAAAGACAAAAAUACAAGUGUGCGGGCAUACAGUGACCAGGCCAUAGUAAACCUAUUAAAAAUGAGACUAGACAACAACCUAUUUCAGGAUAUUACAAAGAUUUUAGACACUGCCAGCUUAGAGAUGCUGAACGAAAGCCACCGACGAUCCCUGAAGAAGCUUGCGGCACAGCCUGACUCCACUGAACAGAUAGAUGAAACUAUUCUAACGUGAACAGGAAUCAUAUGGACUGCAUUUCACUUCUGAGCAUCUACUUGAUAUUUUUGUUUUGAAAAUUGCACUGACUAUAUAGUGCACAAAAACUAUUGGCUCUAAACAGUGAACUAAAUGAAGUUUAAAUUUCUGUAUCCUGUAAACCCACCCAAAAGUUCAUCAAAAUACACUUGAAAUUGGUCAUAAAUUAAUUUGUUAAUUGAAAGUUGGUACUGAUCUUGGCAAAAACAUAAUAAUGAUGUGAAUGGCAGGGCUAUUUCUACACUGGCCUGGCAGGUACAAAAACACCUUUAGGUAAAAUCAGACACAAACAAUAUCAUUAAGCAUUUAUUAAUUUGAUCGGGAAACGUUUCGAAAGAUUUUUAGCAUCCGCAUAACUAACAUAAAACCCCAACCUCCUGCAGUUCAGUUGAACCAAACUCUUGGGCUGGAUUCACACAGUGAAAAAAAAUAAAAGCAGAAAAAUAAACAUGUAUUUCAAGGCAGAAAUGCUUUUAAAA